ACAGACAGUUAUCGCGCGCGCUGUAUUCAAUGGCCGCCUGUUUUAGUUGUGUUAUAACGAAUAUUACAAAUAUAUAUUAGUUUAAUUUUAGUUUUGUUCUGCUUUGAAGUGCAGGUUUUUUUAAGGAUAUAUUAGUCUGUCGUUGAAUAUAUCUGAAGUGCUCAGAGUCGAUGUUAGCCUGCUUUCUUUUUUCGUGCUAGCAUUAGGCGCUCUGAACAGCUUCACAUUUUAAUUUUUUAUCAAACUCUCCGGAAUAAGUAAUUCGCCAUGGGCUACCUAAAGUUAAUAGAGAUCGAAAACUUUAAGUCUUACAAAGGCAGACAGAUAAUCGGGCCUUUCCACAAGUUUACAGCGAUUAUUGGGCCGAAUGGAUCAGGCAAAUCCAAUCUCAUGGAUGCCAUCAGCUUUGUCCUGGCAGAGAAGACCAGUAACUUGCGUGUGAAAACACUGAAGGAUUUGAUUCAUGGCGCUCCAGUGGGCAAACCUGCGGCGAACCGAGCGUUUGUGAGCAUGGUGUACCAGCAGGACAGCGGCCAGGACCUGACCUUCUCCAGGAUCAUCAUCGGCUCCUCGUCGGAGUACCGCAUCAACAGUAAAGUGGUGCCGCUGGCGGAGUACAGCGAGGAACUGGAGAAACUGGGGAUCCUCAUCAAGGCCAGAAACUUCCUGGUCUUUCAGGGUGCGGUGGAGUCGAUCGCCAUGAAGAACCCUAAAGAGAGAACCGCUCUGUUUGAGGAGAUCUCUCGCUCUGGAGAGCUCGCUCAGGAGUACGACAGGCUCAAGAAGGAAAUGGUGAAGGCCGAGGAGGACACGCAGUUCAACUACCACCGGAAGAAAAACAUCGCAGCGGAGCGAAAAGAGGCCAAGCAGGAGAAAGAAGAGGCGGAGCGGUACCAGCGGCUGAAGGACGAGGUGGUGCGCGCGCAUGUGCAGUUACAGCUCUUCAAACUGUUCCACAGAGAGUCCGAGAUAGAGAAGCUGAACCGAGAGCUCGCCCACCGCAACAAAGAGAUUGACAAGGACAGGAAGCGCAUGGACCGUGUGGAGGACGAGCUGAAAGACAAGAAGAAGGAGCUGGGCCGCAUGAUGAGAGACCAGCAGACCAUUGAGAAGGAGAUCAAGGAGAAGGAUGCAGAUCUCAAUCAGAAGAGGCCUCUGUACAUUAAAGCCAAGGAGAACACGGCUCACAAGAUAAAGAAACUGGAGGCGGCCCGUAAGUCUCUGCAGAACGCCCAGAAAUGCUACAAGAAGCGCAAGGGAGACAUGGACGAGCUGGACCGGGAGCAGGGGUCAGUGGAGAUGGCCCGACAGGAGUUUGAGGAGCGCAUGGAGGAGGAGGCCCAGAGCCAGGGGCAAGAUCUGCAGCUGGAAGAGAACCAGGUGAAGGCAUACCACCGCCUGAAGGAGGAGGCGAGUAAGCGAGCUGCUACACUGGCUCAAGAGCUCGAGAAGUUCAACAGAGACCAGAAAGCUGACCAGGACCGCCUGGACCUGGAGGAGAGGAAGAAAAUAGAGACGGAGGCCAAGAUCAAGCAGAAGAUCCGAGAGAUCGAGGAGAACCAGAAGCGCAUUGAGAAGCUGGAGGACUACAUCACCACCAGCAGACAGUCUCUGGACGAGCAGAAGAGGAUGGAGGAGGAGCUGACCGAAGAGGUGGAGCAGGCCAAACGGAGGAUAGAUGAGAUCAACAUGGAGCUCAACCAGGUGAUGGAGCAGCUGGGUGACGCUCGAAUCGACAGACAGGAGAACAGCAGGCAGCAGCGCAAGGCUGAGAUCCUGGAGAGCAUCAAGAGGCUGUAUCCUGGAUCAGUGUACGGGAGACUGAUUGACCUGUGCCAGCCCACACAGAAGAAGUUCCAGAUCGCUGUCACCAAAGUGCUGGGCAAAAACAUGGAUGCUAUCAUCGUGGACUCUGAGAAGACGGGUCGUGAUUGUAUCCAGUACAUAAAAGAGCAGCGUGGCGAACCCGAGACCUUCCUGCCCCUGGACUACCUGGAGGUCAAGCCCACAGAUGAGAAGCUGCGUGAGCUGCGUGGUGCCAAACUGGUGAUUGAUGUAAUCCGAUAUGAGCCGCCACACAUUAAGAAAGCCCUGCAGUACGCCUGUGGAAACGCCCUGGUCUGUGAGAACGUGGAGGACGCUCGCAGGAUCGCGUUCGGGGGACCAUACAGACACAAGACUGUGGCUCUAGACGGGACGUUAUUCCAGAAGUCUGGAGUGAUCUCCGGGGGUGCCAGUGACCUGAAGGCCAAGGCUCGGCGCUGGGAUGAGAAGGCCGUUGAUAAACUGAAAGACAGAAAGGAAAAACUCACAGAUGAGCUUAAAGAGCAAAUGAAGGCCAAGAGGAAGGAGGCAGAGCUGCGUCAGGUUCAGUCUCAAGCUCACGGUUUGCAGAUGAGACUCAAAUACUCUCAGAGUGAUCUGGAGCAAACCAAGACCAGACACCUGUCCCUCAACAUGCAGGAAAAAUCUAAGCUGGAGAGUGAACUUGCUAAUUUUAGUCCACGCAUUAAUGACAUCAAGAGAAUCGUCCAGUCACGAGAGAGAGAUAUGAAGGACUUGAAGGACCGCAUGAACCUGGUGGAGGACGAGGUGUUUCUGGACUUCUGUAAAGAGAUCGGAGUUCGUAACAUUCGUGAAUUUGAAGAAGAGAAAGUCAAGAGACAAAAUGAGAUUGCAAAAAAACGCCUGGAGUUUGAGACUCAAAAGACUCGCCUGGCGAUCCAGCUGGACUACGAGAAGAACCAGCUGAAGGAGGACCAGGAGAAGGUGAUCAUGUGGGAACAGACGGUCAAGAAAGAUGAGAGCGAGAUCGAGAGACUCAAGAAGGAAGAGCAGAGGAAUAUGAAGAUCAUUGAUGAAACCAUGGCACAACUGCAGGAUCUGAAAAACCAGCACUUGGCCAAGAAAUCUGAGGUCAAUGAUAAAAACCAUGAGAUGGAGGAGAUCCGCAAGAAAUUGGGGGGUGCAAACAAGGAGUUGACGCAGCUGCAGAAGGAGGUGACGGCCAUCGAGACCAAGCUGGAGCAGAAGCGCAGCGACAGACACAACCUGCUGCAGGCCUGCAAGAUGCAGGACAUCCGGCUCCCGCUGCGCUCCGGCACCAUGGACGACAUCAGCCAGGAGGAGGGCAGUUCUCAGGCCGAGGAGAGCCUCAGCAGCAGUCAGAAGGCAUCUAGCACUGUCCUAGCCAAGGAAGCUCUCAUUGAGAUCGACUUCAGCAGCUUGUCAGAAGACCUAAAGGACUCUCUGUCCGAGGACGAGCUCAAGGCGGAGAUGAACACAUUACAGCAGAGACUCAACGAGCAGCAGAGCAUCCUGCAGAGGAUCAGCGCCCCCAACAUGAAGGCCAUGGAGAAGCUGGAGAGCGUCCGAGACAAGUUCCAGGAGACCAGCGACGAGUUUGAAGCUGCCAGGAAGAGGGCGAAGAAGGCCAAGCAGGCGUUUGAACAGAUAAAGAAGGAGAGGUUUGACCGCUUCAAUGCCUGCUUUGAGUCUGUGGCCACCAACAUCGAUGAGAUCUAUAAAGCUCUGUCCCGCAACAGCAGUGCCCAGGCUUUUCUGGGGCCUGAGAACCCCGAGGAGCCAUACCUGGAUGGUAUCAACUAUAACUGUGUGGCCCCAGGCAAGCGUUUCCGGCCCAUGGACAACCUGUCUGGCGGAGAGAAGACUGUGGCUGCUCUAGCGCUGCUGUUCGCCAUUCACAGCUAUAAGCCUGCUCCCUUCUUCGUGCUGGACGAGAUCGAUGCCGCACUGGACAACACAAACAUUGGCAAGGUUGCAAACUACAUCAAGGAUCAGUCGGUGCAGAACUUCCAGGCUAUCGUGAUCUCCCUGAAAGAGGAGUUUUACACCAAGGCAGACUCCCUGAUCGGAGUCUAUCCAGAGCAAGGAGACUGCGUCAUCAGUAAAGUCCUGACCUUUGACCUCUCCCAGUAUCCUGACGCCAAUCCCAAUCCCAAUGAGUGACACAAUCACAUUCUUCAAAACGUGUGUUUCUCUGUACUUUCUAGAGAUCAGCUUGGCUUGUUUAGUUCUUAAUAUUUACACUUUU